AUGCCUUCUCAAAAAUCUUUUAGAACUAAGCAAAAAUUAGCUAAGGCUCAAAAGCAAAACAGACCAUUGCCACAAUGGAUCAGAUUGAGAUCUGGUAACACCAUCAGAUAUAACGCUAAGAGAAGACACUGGAGAAGAACUAAGUUAAACAUCUAA